GGCCCUCACAGCAAGCCUAGCAUAGAAGUCCACUCAUCUGCUAGACAGACCAGGGCUGCGUUCACACCCACUCGUCUGGCUGUCCUUCACCCAAGCAGCCGAUAUCACCACGACGUCAACACUUCGGAGAGGUGUUUCUAAAGCCUGCACACAGGUACCAUAACUGCUCAGAAUGAAUCUUGAGCCCAAAGCUGAGAUCAAGUCGGCCACCCGUGUCAGCGGAGGCCCCGCCACCCCACGCAAGGGACCACCCAAGUUCAAGCAGAGGCAGACCCGUCAGUUCAAGAGCAAGCCUCCAAAGAAGGGAAUCCAGGGCUUUGGUGAUGAUAUCCCUGGAAUGGAGGGCUUAGGCACAGACAUCACCGUCAUUUGCCCCUGGGAGGCCUUCAAUCACCUGGAGCUGCAUGAGCUGGCCCAGUACGGCAUCAUCUGAGCCUUCCUUCACCCCCCUGCAAUCCUCUGAGGAUUACAGGCCACGUCCAUGCACUUCAAACCAUCUGCCUCAGGCUCCAUCUCCUAGCUUUAAAUGGAACUCUUCCAAACAAACUACCAGAAUGACCUGUAACACACACAAAAAACGGAAAAAGAGAAAAAAAAAAACUACAAAAAAAAAAUAACUUUCUGUCCUCUUUCACUGGAUUCUUCUU